AUGUCGACGGCAGCGGGCUCACUGGCUCAGGAUAUGCUGGUCGCCUUCCGUGACCAGCAAUUGUCCGAUAUCACCGUCGUGGCCUUUGGACAGACCUUCCAUCUCCAUCGUCUCAUUCUCCUCCGCUCUGGCUACUUUCGCUCUCUGGUCCUCGGCCAAGGAGACUGGAUUGAAAAGUCCCGCCAGUCCAUCACGAUCCAGUUCGACGAUCCCUACGUAACCUUGCAGUCUUUCCAGAGGAUUAUCCAUUGGCUCUAUGGAAUUGAUUUUCAUUACACUGAGGGAUCCGCUCCCCUUCCUUUCAAAACAAACAACGCGGGUGGUGGUCGAGCCAUGGGAUUGGGCGGUAAAGCCUCGAAUCUAUCGAACCAAUCGCAAUGGCCUUUAUCAAGCUCGGCUCCAAUUGAAGGCGGCAGGCAUGGCUUGGGGCUACAUCAUGGGAGUGGGAGUGCUGUGAAUCUUGCGGCCAACUCUGAAAAAUCGAGCGUCAGUGGAAUGGGUACCGCUUCUUCUCUCCGGUACGAUAACAUUAUGACGGAUCCCUCAGAUAAGGUUGACGAACUCUUGAUCUCUAUGUACGCUGCUGCGUCUUAUCUCAACAUCUCGGCCCUGACUGAGGAAAUCUGCAGCGAUAUCGCGCGUCGGAUCCGGGACAGCCGCGGCCUCAUCCAUUACAUGGGAUACGCCUGGAAACUUAACAAUGGCCGAGCAUGGGACAUCAUUCUCGCCCACUGCUUUUAUCAGUUCUUCUGGUACACCUACAAGUCGACGGUCUUGCAGGAUAUGCUGAUAUCGCCCGACAUGCCCAUAGCGGGGCUGGUUAAGACCCUUGUGGCAGAAUCGCUCUGGGUCCCGAACGAAUAUGAGCGCUACCAACUGGUCAAAGGGAUCAUGCUCCGGCGACUGAAUCUUGAUACGGACAAGCUGAUGGACUGGGUGCACGAUUAUCAUGACCAGGACUGGUUCAUGGUUUUAAAGGAUCUCGAUGACAACGGCACAUGGUCGGACGAACUGACCUCGGACACAUUUUUGGCCAAUCUGCAGGACUGGGAACCAUCUUCGACUGCCGAGUAUGAGGACGCAGUGGACUCGGAUCAUGAGUGGAUCACGACCUCCAAGGAGCUACGCCGGAGAAGCUCUCAGAACCGCGCCUCAAUCACCGAUACUUGGGACAUCUCUCUCCUCGCCUGCGCUGUCUGCAAUGUCGAUCACGUCCGACACAUUUCCUCGACACCAGGUCCGCGACCUGCUGGUACUCAUGUACCUACUUCACCACAGCAUCCAUUACACGCACAUGUCGUUCGAUCAGCUCAACCAGGUCCUAAGCGACGGAUUGGUUCUACCAUCACGGAUCAAGGAUGCCUUUUGGAGACAACAUCUCUUGCGGCGAAUCGCCGUGAGUACAUCCCCGACGCCGCCAUACAUCAAUACGCCCCAUCAAGGACGGCACCAUGGAGCAGAUCAGACCCAUCGCGAGCGACAUGCACCAUCAGUGGCGGGAUUCCAGAAGAAAAAAAUGCCUGGUUUGUCACCGGCUUCACCGGCUCCUGUGUCCUUGCCAAGCAAUUCGCACGGAUUGCUACCCAUGCGAUUCAGCACAUCUCUUUAUAUCAGUCGCCGGGAUCUCAUGACAGACGGAAAGCACUUCACGACCUCGACAUUUUAUGGAGGCAGCUGGUGGAGCAUUCAGGCAUUCUUGCUGCGCUGCGAGGCGAUCAGCAUACGACAUCGGCCGCAGCAACAGGACAGCCCACCCGUCGAACACCGGUGAUUCCGAACCAACAGAGCGCAGAGAAUAUUUGUGCCAAUGCCGACUGUUCAAGCGUUUACAGCCGCCAGCGGGAGUUGACAUGCAACUACCGGAUCUACAUGACCACCAACGUGGUUGAGCCGCCACAGUACUUUGCAGCAUCCGCGCAGGGGCGUCUGGAGGAGAUCCGGGGGAGUGAGUAUAACACACAUCGUUUCGAUAACAGCAACACCAGCGAUGCAUUCCGCCCUCGAUUCGGAUUAGGAAACAUCGAAGCAGGGGCCUCUUCUGCGCCGUCGACCCCAGAAAUGCCAUCCUCCAGUUUCCAAUCACGUUCUUCCCAGAAGAUCGCAUCCGAGGACGACAUGAGCGGGGAGGAUACGUUUAAGCUGAACGAGGGCUGGGGAUACAGGUAUCGGAGCUACCUUACCCGGGUGGCAAGACAGGUUCGCGAUCAUCCUCCAAAGACGGCUCAGAACCAGCCAGGCCUUUAUCCGCAGGAGGCCUUCCAUAGUUCGAUGUCGCCCCUCAUUAACCCCGCACAAGGUCACGCACAGCAACCGCAGCAACCGCAGCAACAACAGCAACAACAGCAGAAUCAACAGCAGCAGCAGCAACAGCAACAGCAGCACGGCCAGCACGGCAACAAUGGACAGAACCCGGCAGCCCAAGGCCUCGGAGGCGGACAGUUCCCGAACAUCGGUCCUCCAUUCCCGUUAGCUCCCCAACAUCAGCAAGCAGCUCAGGGAUACCACAAUAAUGAGCAGCAUGCCAAUCUGAACGCGAAUGUGAACAUCAACGCAGGACCCCAUCCAGCUGGCGGCCAACAGCAAGGAUCCGUGUCGAAUCUGAACUCUCAGUACAGCGCCGGAAGCGAGGACGCGGAGGAUGAUGGUCUUUGGGUCCACUUUGUGGUGAAAAUGGGAUGGUCUGACCGCAAGCGCGCGGACGAGAAGGCCGCGAAUUAA